CCGCCAGCCCCUCCCCCCCUCCCCCGCGCGCGCCUCUCGCCCCUCGCCCCCUUGCCUUCCUCGCCUUCGGCCCGCCCAUCUCCCCUCCUUCAUCCACCAUGAGCGCUGGCAAGACCGCCUCCGCCGUUAUCGUCGGCACCCUCGCAGCGGCCACCGUCCUGGGCCUUUACAUGGUCCUGACCGGCGACGGCCAGUACUUCGAUGUGGGCAACUUCCUCCUGAGCAUCUCGCCCUACGCCUGGGCCACGCUCGGUAUCUCCCUGUGCAUCGGCCUCUCGGUGGUCGGCGCCGGCUGGGGUAUCUACACCAUCGGCGCGGCCAUCCUCGGUGCCGGUGUCAAGGUCCCCCGUGUCCGCACCAAGAACCUCCUGUCCAUUGUCCUGUGUGAGGCCGUCGCCAUUUACGGCAUUAUUCUGGCCAUUGUCUACUCUCAGAAGCUCGGUGGCGCCGUCGCCUACGAGGGCUUCACCCGCGCCGACUACUACACCGGCUAUGCUGUCUUCUUCGCUGGCCUCUCGGCCGGCUUCACCAACCUUGUGUGCGGUAUCUCCGUCGGUGUGGCCGGCUCCGGCACCGCCCUGGCCGAUGCCCACGAUGCCACCCUCUUCGUCAAGACCCUGGUCAUCCAGAUUUUCGCCUCCGCCAUCGGUCUCUUCGGGCUGAUUGUUGGUCUGCUCCAGGGUGGCCAGGCCCGCGCCUUCGGCGAGGCCUAAUCGCGCGAAUGCGCAACACCGGGCUGUGCCACACACACACACACACACACA